GCGGUUACAUUUCAAGUCGGAAUUAUAUGUACGACGGGUAAGCAUGGGUACUCGAAUAGCUGCACGUCAGGUGUUUCUCUUUUCUCUUCGAGGCGUCCACUCCUCUUUGGCCAGAUCGCCUCUGUUUGGGACAUGCUGUCUAAAGCCUCUGUCCAUCCGCUGCAGCCUGUUCUGUUCCUCCAGAAGUCAGGAUACUCUCCAGUCAACACAACACAGCCUCAGUGUGCUAACACCCUCAUCCAGAAAACAGACCACAGAGCUUUCCUUUCACUCUUUGCUUGAUAUGGGAUUCACAGACAUUCAGGCGGAGCAGAUCUGUGACACUGUGUCCAAAAUCAGAGGUGGAAGUGCUGCCAGACACGCUCUGUCAACUCUCACAACUCUGUUGGUUUUUGGCCUGAAUCCUUCCAGUGUGCUGAAACUGCUGGAAAAAUGUCCUGAGCUUUACACUCUGAAGGAGUCCAUGCUUCAGCAGCGUAUAGACAACCUGCGAAAAUUAGGUUUAGUUGAAGGCAGCCUUCAGCGAGUGGUGGCCUAUUACCCUCUAAUCCUCACUGUGCCGGUGAAGACAGUAAAGCGUGUGGUGAUGUUCCUCAGAGAGAAGUGUCUGUUUACUGUCCAGCAGGUUACAGACAUCCUCCGAGAAAGCCCAGCUGUAGUUAUGGAAAACAUGGAUCAGCUGGAGUACAAGUUUCAGUACGUCUACUUUCGAAUGGGUGUCAAACAGCCGCAGAUGGUGAAAUCUAGACUGUUCCGCUUUCCUUUGGAAGAAGUGCGCUAUCGACACUGUUUUCUGGAGCACCGGGGCCUGUAUGAGACCCCCGACAAGAAAGGACAAACAAUCAUCAUCAACCCUAAACUGGAAAGCAUCCUUAACAUUAAUGAAGACAGCUUUGUUGCUGAUGUUGCCAUGGCAUCAGCAGAGGAGUAUGAUGUCUUUAAGAGACUGAUGGCAAGAGAAUGUCAGGAACAGGAGCUUCAGAUGGGUAGCAUAGAUGCUGGAAGUGAUGAGGAGGAUGAAGAUGAGGAAGCUGAGGAAGCUGGAGGAAAAAGUGGGUACAGAAAGAGGAGAAAAAAAUAACCUAUCAGGGGACUUGGACAACUUAAAGUAAUGGAUGAGGAAAUUACACAUUGUUGUUUGCAAAUGACAGAAUAAAAUAUCUCUUUGUUGAA